AUGUCUCAGAAGAAGAUGACUCUGAUGAUGACACUCCAAUUUAAGGAAACUCCAGUAUCUACUCUUUCCAUGAAGAAAACUGAUGUCCUUGCAAGCAAGAAAGUUGCAGAUGGGAAGAAGAACAAGAAGGAUAGGGCCUCUGUCAAGACCUCUCAGAAGUCCAAAACUUCUCAGAUCUCAACCACUGCAAGAAAGCUGCUGAAAGGGAAAAGGAUUCCUACAAAUGUGCCUGAUGCUCCUGUUAAUAAUGUAUCUUUCCACUUUGCAAGUUCUGCACAAAGUUGGAAGUUUAUUGUCCAGAGAAGGUUGGGUGUAGAGAGAGAACUUCAUGAAGAUGCCUUGGAACUCAAGGAGAUCAUGGAUCUAUUGGUUAAUGCUGGUUUGAUGAGGAUUGUCAAGGAUAUUGGCAGAUGUUUUGUUCAAUUGGUUAGAGAGUUCAUUGUAAACAUCCCUACUGACUGUGAUGAUGAGAGCAGCACUAAGUACAGGAAAGUCUAUGUAAGAGGAAAGUGUGUCAACUUUUCUCCUGAAGUGAUUAAUGAGUUUUUGGGCAGGAGCCCUGUUGCUGUGGCGGAUGAAGAGCCUGAUUUGAAUAGGGUUUCUAAUACCCUAACUGGAAAGCUGGUCAGGAAGUGGCCAAAGAAAAGAUUGCUUCCAUCUGGGAAGUUAACUACCAAGUAUGCUGUGCUAUUUAAGAUUGGCGGUGCAAACUGGAUGGCAACAAAUCACUUGUCUGGUGUUACUGCUCGCCUUGCCAAGAUGCUCUAUUUGAUUGGAACUGGUGGUGAGUUUGAUUUUGGUAAACUUGUUUUUUAUCAGAUUCUCAAGCAUUCAGGUUCUUAUGCAGUAAGGCUUCCUAUUUUGUUUCCCUGCCUUUUGUCUGAGAUAAUUGUACAUCAAACUGUUGUGAGGGCUGAUGAACCUCAAGGUAAGAAGCCUAUGCCUCUCAAAUUUGAUUAUCGCUUGUUUGUUGGGACACAUGUUCCAGACAUUGUGCUGACUAUAGCAAAGGGAACAGCCAGUGCCAGUGGCACUCAAGCAAUUGGUUCGGGUAAGGAUGAUAUCUUGACUGAGUUGAGGGCUGUUUCCAAGUCCUGGGUGACACCAUUCAGGCGUGCAAAAUCAGGAAGCUGA